GCUCUCACGUCCCGUUUUCCGACUGCCGUUCUCCCACGCCUCCAGAGUACCCAAUGACCCUCGCAGGCUGAGUUCUGGCGGCCGUGCUCAUCCAACCAGUGGCCCGAGGGGCAGGGUGCGUCUCCAGUGCGACGCCCGCCCCAGCGCAGGUUCCGGUCUUAGGGGAGAGAGAGGUAAAGAGCGGGGCACGCGGGGCGCCUCCUCCGGGACGGACCUGGCGAGCGCAUCUUCUCGGCGGGUCCUCCACCACUCAGCCCGCGCCGCCCAAUUUCUAUACAUGCCGGGCUGUUGCCCCAAGUCACUCCCAGCAAGAGAGACCAAGCGCCCUGGGAAUAACCGCAUUCACUACUUUUGGAGGACUCCUGGGAAAGACAGCAGUUGUCGCCCCCAGAAGGGUGAACCUUGGGCGUCCGGAAAGACCUGGCUGACUGCGCUCCUCGAGGAACCACAUUGCCAGGGAGAAAUAAGGUGGAAUGUAAACACAAACAAUCUCAACAAGAAGCCAAGAAAAGCGAGGCCAAAAGAAGCAAGCGCAACACUGUUACAAAACUGUCUGGUUUUGUAACAAUUUCCCUGCCGCCGGCCAAUGAGCGGCGUGGCGGUGCGUCACGUGGUGCCGUUUUAUAUAACACUUUGCUGAGACAAGACAGUUAUUAGGCGGCGCGGGGCGGCAGGCAUGGAGCUCGCGGUGGCGCGGCAGGGACCGGAGUGCGGAGCGCGGCCGCGGUGGCAGCCCCAAUUCCCUCCAGCCGCUGCUUCCUGCUCAGGGUCUUAGGCCCCUAGACGCCCCUUCCCGCGCAUGUUCUUCUCUCUAUGGAUUCAUUGCAGAUUGGACAGAUGCUGAGCUUGCCUGCUGAGCUUGGUAGCAACAACUUCGAGCUGGCAGAGCCGGAGGCAUCAGUAGCCCCGGUAGAUACCGGCUCCCAUCCGGAGGCGGCUACAGAAGGCUCCGCACCUCUACUGACACAGGAGCCGGGGCGGGAGCAGCCUGCAAGGGCCUCGACGCCGGAGUGCAAAGUCUUGCUCACGCAGGCCGACGCCCUGGCGUCCGGGGGGCGCCUCCGGGAAGCCCUCGAGGUGUAUAGACAGCUGUCAGAGCGGCAGCAGCUGGUGGCCGAGCAGCUGGAGCAGCUGGUGCGCUGCCUGGCAGAGAACGUACCGCAAGGCGAGGCGCUGGCGCCUGCACCCGCGGACCGGAGCAACGCGGUGAGCUGCGCGGUGGUGGCGGAAGAGACAGGGGUAGCAACGGCGGCUGAGGCCACCGAGGUGUGGGACGGCUUCAAGUGCCGGAAGUGCCACGGAUUUCUAUCAGACCCCGUGUCCUUGUCCUGCGGCCACACCUUUUGUAAACUGUGCCUGGAACGCGGGCGGGCAGCCGACCGGCGCUGUGCGCUGUGUGGGGUCAAGCUCUCGUCGUUGAUGGUGGCCACAGGGCGGGCGCGCGGGGCCCGGCGGGCUGGGCAGCCGCCGCCGCUGCGGGUCAACGUGGUGCUCAGCGGUCUCCUUGGCAAGUUGUUCCCGGGUCCGGCACGGGCAUCGCAACUCCGGCAUGAGGGCAACCGGCUGUACCGCGAGCGUCAGGUGGAGGCGGCGCUGCUCAAGUACAACGAGGCAGUUAGGCUAGCUCCAAAUGACCACUUGCUUUAUAGCAACCGGUCUCAAAUUUAUUUCACCUUGGAGUCUCAUGAGGAUGCAUUGCAUGAUGCAGAAAUAGCAUGUAAGCUCCGCCCAAUGGGUUUUAAGGAAAAUUCGGAGCUUCCACAUUGUUCUACACAGGAGGAAGCAGCAGUCAAGGGGGACUGCAGCAGCUUGAUGAACCCAGCGCAAGUAAAGGGGGAUGGGCAACAAGGAAACAUGAAAGACCAGAAAGGAGAAGAGGAGAAGGGGGAUGCUGCCUCUCCAGAAGCUGCCUCCAUCAAGACUGGCAAAUGCCAGGAAAAGAAAAGGAAACAUUGUCAAGUUGAACCCCCAAACCCAGAGGUGCCUAAUAAAACCUCUAAGCCAGAUCCUCCCACUGAUCCGGGGGCCAAACCUGCUCUCAGUGUCCCCCUCGCCUCUUUUGACGCAUCUGAUCUUGAAUGCUCCCUAUGCAUGAGAUUAUUCUAUGAGCCAGUCACAACACCUUGUGGGCACACGUUUUGCUUAAAAUGUCUUGAAAGAUGCCUAGAUCACAAUGCGAAGUGUCCACUGUGCAAAGAUGGUCUUUCGCAGUGCUUGGCAUCAAGAAAAUACAGCAAAAAUGUCAUAAUGGAAGAGCUAAUAGCUAAAUUCCUUCCAGAAGAACUCAAGGAACGAAGGAGACUUUAUGAAGAGGAAAUGGAAGAACUUUCUAACUUAAAUAAGAAUGUGCCUAUUUUCGUGUGUACUAUGGCCUAUCCCACCGUUCCUUGUCCCCUGCAUAUAUUUGAGCCUUGUUACCGUCUGAUGAUUCGUAGAUGCAUUGAGACAGGCACAAGACAGUUUGGCAUGUGCCUUGGAGAUCCCGUCAAAGGUUUUGCAGAACAUGGCUGCAUCCUAGAGAUCAGAAACGUUCAAUUCUUUGCCGAUGGCCGCUCAGUGGUUGACAGCAUAGGCAAGAGGCGCUUCAAGGUCCUCCAUCAGGGCCAGCGGGAUGGUUACAACACAGCCGACAUUGAAUACAUUGAAGACCAAAAGGUUCAAGGAGAGGAUUGUGCGGAGCUCAUGGGAUUACAUAACUGUGUCUAUGAGCAAGCGUCAUCGUGGUUUCAUUCACUCAAAUCAUCUCUGAAGAAUCGGAUACUCAAUCACUUUGGUCCAAUGCCAGAGAAAGAUGUGGAUCCCCAGAUUAACCCAAAUGGUCCAGCCUGGUGCUGGUGGACAUUAGCAGUUCUUCCAUUAGAAAGCCGAGCUCAGCUCCCGUUCCUAGCAAUGAAGUCCUUAAAGGAUAGACUGAAUGGUAUUCGGCGUGUCCUGGCCUUUAUAUCCCGAAACCAAAACUAGUUUGAGUGGAUGACUGAAGAGGAAACUUCCACCCUCCCCACUGUCUACAGGAGUCAUCGUGUAAAUAUAUCUAGUUGCAAUAACAACAGAAGGAAGUGUCAAACAGAGGCAUUAUUACCCUGCUGUUGAUCACAGAGAGAAAUGGAGUAGAAACACCAAAAGAAUGUGACCUGUUUGAAACUUUCUGUCUCAAGAUGCUUCUUGAAUGCUGCACGACUACAUGCACAGCAGAGGUAUUCGAGAGCCCAGAAAUUUUUUUUUUAUUUUGGCAUAAAAUAUUCUGAAAGUUUAAUGUGGUUUUGCUUUAAUUUUCUUUCAUUGAUGAAUGACUGUGUGUUUGAAAUGUGAAGCAAAGAUUCUAAUAAUGUUACUGCAUUAUUUCACUUACUUGAGGCCUCAUUCCAAAUGGUUCAGGUUUUAUAUGGCAUUGUGUAAAAUAAUGUUCAUACUUCUUUCUGUUUUAAUAAUGUUCAUACUUCCUUCUGUUUUAAUAAUUUAUUUUUGCACUACUGUAUCCUUUUUUUCUACAUGUGUGUUUGUAACUAUUCAAGUGUACAUUACUGAAGUCAAUUGCUUUAUUUAUUGAUGUAGUUUAGCAUGUACCUAGAGGGAAGUUACAAUACUAGAAAUGUGCCAUUUUUGCUUUAACCAUUUUUUACUACGUCCGAUGCCAGUUCUUGAACCAUUUUUGUAUCAAUCCAAUUGGAUGUCUAAAGGAACUUCAGAAUCAUGCUAAGAUCAUCUAUCUUCACAGAUUCUAUUUACUUGUAGUUUCAAUUCAACAAUAUAAAAUACUUAAGAGAUUUGGCAUAGAUUAUGGAAUAAGCCAGGGUAAAGUAAAAUAAUCCAUUUUCUACGUGUUAUACAGAGCAAGGCUGAAGGAAUUCUUUUUCUGGAACAAAUUGAUAAAUCAGAGGAGUGUCCUUUAUUACAAUCUAUUAUAGGCGGUUAUUUCAGCAAUCUAAUUCUAAGUGUUUCUAAUUUCUCCCCAGUGCAGUUAGGAAUGAGAUUUUUGGCAGGAUAUUUAACCCUUCAUAAGAAAUGGUUUUCAGUUUGGUACAUACAGCGAGGCCGAGCUAGCCUCCUCUUCUCAGGGUUCUGAGGAUCGCAGCCUGGCCAGCAUCUGAGGAAACACUUGCUGAAGGACUGCUUGUUAUGAAAACUAUAAAGAAGCCAGUAGAAAAGGUAGAACACUUAAAAAAAACAAUCUUUUUGGUUUUUUAAUCUUUGUAAGAGAAACAGAAAAUUAAUCCAUGAUUAAUUUUUAUAAUCCAUGAUUAUCUAAACACUGCCUGUCCUCUAAGUUGCAAAGGGCCUAAGAUUUCAAUAGAGGGGAAGAAUGAUGGACAAGGAGAUAAGAGUGAGCCCUGGUUUAGCUUGCUUAGAGUUAGUGUGAUUCCUUUAGUGCCAGGCGAACAUGAAAAAUAGCAUGAGUAUGGGAGUGUUAUAAUGACAGAGUAAAAAGAUUAGGGCAGGGAAACAGUAAAUUGUGCCAUUUGCAAAUCGCCCCCCACACACACACACACCGCCCCAUGAUUCUGGACAGCUGCAGUGUGUUAUUUACUCGCACCCUGACCACUCUGUUAAGGUGAGAGGUUAACGCCUCAAGUAAUCAGUCUGACUUCUUCCAUCACCACCUGUGGCCAGAAACAGAAAAGGCAGAAUGAGAUGAUCCAGGCAACGUAAGAGAGAUUAAGGUAAGCAGAAACCAAAUGAUCUUUUCUCCACUUUUGUAAUGGACACCAUGUUGUCAGCACAUUAUGUUAUCAGGUUUGAUGUUUGGAGCCAGACUGGGCCAAUGAAGAAGGAUAGGUGUGGUUACUGCACAAGCAAACUCUACAAGACUCAGGAAGCAGGAAAUUAAAGGCUCCCCCCUCUGACUUAGUGCCCAGCCAUGUGGUCAUUACACAUUCCUAGUACAAUAGGUUCCUAUUAUCUAGUGUAAAUGCAACCCAAAGAAGGGUCAUAAACAUCGCUGCUUGCCAGAUGUGUUACUUUUGUGAUCAAACUUUUUCUGAGCCCCAGUUUCCUCAUCUAGCAAAUGGUAGUGAUAAAUACAGCAGAUAGUGUUGUUAUGAACAGUAAAUAAAAUUAUAUAUAUAUAUAUAUAUAUAUAUAUAUAUAUAUAUACAGUGCCUAGCAAAUAGGAGACAAUAAUAGCUGUGAUUAUAUUAUUCAUAGUGAUGGAAUAUCAUUAGGGGCCAACAUUGGUAUAAAACGCUGACUUUACGCACAAUACCCAUUUUCAACUACUUUAAACUUGUCUGGGGAAUCCACCCCACUGAGUCUCAGGCCAUAACUUGAUGCUUUACAGGUAAUUCCUUUUGGAGUCAAGUCUGUUUGGGAAAGUGAAAAGACUGGAAAACAAAUGAGGGUCUGAGAUAAGAGAGAAUUCUGUGCGAUCAAUUUUUUUCUGAUUUCAAUAGGGCUAAAAAGUAGUAUUGUUAGCAGGUUUAGAAUUUCUGAUAUAAUGGAAGCUUUAAGUUCUAGCUUCCUUAGGAUAACCAACUCAUCACUUCCUGCUCUCCAAAAUGUAUUGAAAAUCUUCCUCAUGCCAGGGUGAGUGAACACAUUUUACAAUCUAUGACAUUUGUGCUUAGUUCGUGGUCUUUCUUUAUGCUGCCCAAACAAAACUGUAUUUUGAACUUACUAUAUACCAGGUACUGAGCCAGGUGAUUUCACAUACAUGAGCUCUUUAAAUCAUUUACUCCUCGCAUCAACCCUGUGCGAUCACUUCUCAUCCUCAUCUUGUGGAUGAGAAAGCUGAGGCUGCAAUGCUAAAUACUUCGCCUAAGUAACACAGUCAACCACUGAAUAGCCAAGCCUGAUUUUUAACCCAUACUUUGCAGAUUUUUAACAUUUUAAGUAGUUUGUGUUACACAUAAUUUCCUUAAAUGGGCAUGGCAACCAAGUCACAAAAGCACCCCAAAAGCUCAUAAUGGGAAGUUGGAGGUUAUGUAAAAGUAAAUUGCCCAACACAUAUCUACUUAAUCUAGAUAGAAAGGGAAGUUUGAUUUUUUGAAAUAAAAUUCCACAUCAUAGAAUGCUUCAUGUUUAUAAAUGAGAACCUAACUCCAGCAAAUGUAGAUCUUGGCAAGGCAGAAUUGCACUUUACUCUCAGUAGCCUAGAUGCACAAAAUGGGUGGUUUUACAGCAAGCUUUUGUUUCAGUAGUGGUGAGAGGCAGGAUGCAAAGCUAAGCCUUAGUGUUCUUUGGAAUGUACUUGAAUGGGGUAAUCAGUUAGACGUGAAUAUUUUCAACGCUUGUAAAUUGGUUUUGCAGAAAAGCUUGGGAAUGAAGAGUAUACAGAGAAAAAACAUAAAUCCAGAAGGACAAGACUUGGUAAAUAGUGCCAUUUAGUUGGUUUGUUUUGCUGUCUAUCAGGACCCAGGGUGUGUGUGUGUGUGUGUGUGUGUGUGUGUCUGUCUGUCUGUCUCUCUCUCUCUCUCUCUCUCUCUCUCUCUCUCUCCAUAUGUGCACACGUAUGUAUAUGUGUGUGUAUAUAUAUUAGGUACCAAGCAGAUAUUAUGCCUUUCUACUUUGUACUGUACUACUGCUGCUAGCAAAAAACCAGCAAAAUCUAGAAAAUGAAAAUGAUAAAAACGAAUUUUCUGUGGACAACUUGGAGAAAAGAGUGCUUGCCCCUGACUUAGGGAGCAAGGAACUGACUAUUUCAACAAUUUGCCUUUUCUGAAGGCUGACUGCUUCUAGCCUCACAGGGCUAGUUGAGUCACUGUGCAUGUGACACUUCCAUCUCUGCCUGUGGAGCUGGCCUGGGCUUAGAUAAUCCCCUGUGACUAGCCCUUGGAUCAGUGGAGCUCCUGAGGCAGGCUCACAGCACCCAGAGGUCUCUUACUGUCAAUAGAUUGCACACUGUUGAUGGACUGGAAUCCAUUGUGUACUGUGUCCCCCCAUGCCAACUCCAUUUCCAAGAUGGAGUUUUAUUCAGGGACUCAUUCCUUGAGUGCCCAAUAUGUUGACUUUGCAUCCCUUUCUGUUUACCAAGGCAGAAUCAUAGCAGAGGUGUGUAAUAAAGUUGCAAAUAGAAGGCAGCCCAAAUAAUGGAAAAGGACAGAUUUUUCAGCCCUUUCUCGGGCUUGUUGAUUGAGGUUUUGAUGUAUGAUCAAAGACAGUUCUGAAAAGCAGCCGGUUGCAUGGGCUGUAGUUUGUGGCCCUUCCUGAGUGCAAAGAGAAAGAAAGAAAAGGAGCCAUGUAAAAUGUACACAUUCAAUUCUUUUUAGAAUGACAGCUCCCUCCGUUCAGCUGUUUAAUAAUCUGGGUUAAGCACAUCUAGAGGUGAAAUGAAGAUAUUUUCACUUACAAGUGGGUAUUUUCAAACGCGCUAAGUUAACCUUGAGAGAGAAGUGCCUGUGAUCUCUGUUCUUGAUGACAUUUUAAAGUUUUUGCUUCAUGACUCUGUAGUCAUUUGAAAAUACGUCACAGCAAAUUAAAGGGAGUUUACAAAGCAACACUGUAGCUUAUGCACCAUUUUAAAAGUUGCUUAAGAUUUAGCUAUUGCCAAAGCCAACAACAAUAAAUAACAAAAUAAAAGGAGAACAGAUAGGUCAAUGUGGCAUCACAGGCUUAUCUUAGAUAAACGAGUGCCAUCAUUUUAUGUAGUUAUCAGUAAUUCUAGGAGUAAAAUAUCAAGCAAGCCAUUGAAACAGCUGCAAAUGUGUCUGUGUUUGUUAUUCCAUUUGUUUGUUGAGCAGCCAUUUUACUCUCACUGUAAUGAACUGAAAGGGGAAUUAAGAUACUGCUCCCCCACCCCGUAUUGAUAUUCAACUACCUCUAUAUGCUCGAUUUCUCUUUAAGAUUUUCUUUCCUCCAAAUCUGUACAAAAAAGUUUCAGCUCAUCUAUGUUGUAAUAACAAUGUGACAUAGUCUCUGUGAAAGCUGUUUGUUCAUUUAAAAAUGUUCCCUAUUGUCUCACUUUGUAUAUAACACACCUCUACCUAUACCUUAGGGCAAGAAUUACCCAAAUACCUUCAUCUUGUUGGAAGCCGAAUAGAAAGGAAAGCUAUUGGAACAUUUAACUUGCUCUUGUUCCUGUUAGUUAUAAUACAUUUGACCAGAAGAUCUUUCAAGGAACUAGACCUGUACUCAGAGAGCAAGCUCUUACUUAGUAUGUGACAAUGAAGCAGAUGUGAACUGAUUAAUGUGACUGAUGUGUUCUGAAACCCUGGCCAUAAAUUAAUUGUUAAAAAAUACA